AUGGAUUCGAGAACCCAUCUCGAUUAUGCUCUGUUUCAACUUACGCCAACAAGAACCAGAUGUGAUCUUGUCAUCUUCGCUGGUAACAAGAAUGAGAAGCUUGCUACUGGGCUUCUGGAACCAUUUAUCUCUCAUCUCCAAUAUGCAAGAGAUCAGAUUUCCAAAGGAGGAUACUCCAUUACUCUUCGGCCCUCAUCUGGCCAUUCGUCUUGGUUCACGAAAGCCACUCUGGAAAGGUUCGUGAGGUUUGUCAGCACUCCAGAAGUUCUUGAGAGAUUUGUCACAAUUGAGAGAGAGAUCACACAAAUUGAGGAUUCAAUCCAAUCGAAUGAACAAGCUGAGGCUGAAGGAAAUGCGUCCUCCACUGGCGGGAACUCUAAAGCUUCUGGUGCUCAAGCUAACAAGGUUGAGUCAAAUGGCAGUACAGAUGAUACAGUGCAACAAAAUUCCAAGGUUCAUCUUCUGCGUGCCUUGGAAACUCGAAAAGCUGUAUUAAGAAAAGAGCAAGCCAUGGCUUAUGCCCGUGCAUUGGUAGCAGGUUUUGAAAUGGAUAACAUUGAUGAUCUCAUAUCUUUCAGCGACGCAUUUGGUGCUAAGCGAUUGAGGGAUGCAUGUAACAAUUUCAUGGAAUUGUGCAAUAAAAAGAGUAAUGAUGGGAUGUGGAUGGAUGAAGUUGCAAGGAUGCGAGCCUGUGCACCAGAAUUUUCUUACAUGGGAACAUCUGGAAUCAUCCUUGCUAGUGAUGGACAAGCGGACGCAUCAGUGUCAGACUCAACAACAAAUGAGACUAAUACGGCUGCAGCACAAUCAACUCAAGUACCACCAUGGGCACAGUAUUUUCAAGGUCCACCUCUUCAUCAAUUUCCCCCUUACCAAGGAUACUUCUAUCCUGGCAUGCCUCCCCAGUCAUAUUAUCCUGGGAGUGCACCUUGGUCUUCAACUACUGAAGAUACUAGUUUGGGCCGCCAUCCAGAUGAUCAUCACAGAAGAAAGUCGUCUAGAAAGAAGAAGCAUGGAUCCAAUGGAACAGGAGAGCAAACGCCUAAAAAUAGUGAUAGCAAUGAGCUUAGUCACUCAAGCUCAGGAAGUGAUUCAGAUGACCAUGAGCAUCAUCGAAGAAGACAUUCCUUGGAUUCAGUGCCCAAGAAAUCUGGGAAGAGUUCCUCGCGGAAGGUUGUUAUCCGUAACAUAAACUAUAUUACUUCUAAAAGGAACGGGGAAAGAGAUAGUACUUCUGGAGAUGAUUCAUCUGAUGAGGAUGAAUUAAUAGAUGCUGAUUCUCUUAAACAACAAGUGGAUGAUGUUUUAGGGUCGUUUGAUAAGCAUCAUAAAUCAACAUCAAGCAAGAAGAAGAAAAAAAGAGAUGGAACUAAGAAAAACAAUAAUAAAAGAGAUGAUAUCUCUGAUGAUGAGAAUGAGGAUAUGCCAACACCUGAAGGAGAAAAGAAGAAUCAGGAGUGGGGUGCUUUCCAGAACCUUCUUCUGAGGGAUGCAGAGGAACGGGACACUGACAUGGGUAGAAGCAAUGGCGAUUUCCAGGAAUAUGUUUCCAACAGUAACUCAGGAAAAGGAAAUAUGUCUUCCUUCAAUGCGGAAGCUGAGAAUGUGCCAAAAACUCGCGCCGUGUCUGCAGAUGCUUUCCUCUUGGACCAAAGAUCUGUACUUGAUGGGGGUACACCAAGCAUAGAUACUUUUGAAGCUGGGGAAAGCAUCCGCUCUGUGAUAAAGAGAGGCAGCACAGAUGAGGAAUUGCUUCUAUCACGAAGAGCACUAGGUUCAGAGAUAUAUUCUCAAGAUCCUUUGUCCCAUUCUGGCCUUGAAUCAUCUGUCGUGAAAAGCCGAAGAGAAGAAGAUUGGUAUGCUGGAAACCGAGCAGAUAUUUCUGAUAACCUUGAAAACAGGAUGUCAAUGUUCAAUGCUGACAAUUCUUCAGCAUACAGUGUUGGCUCUUUGCAGAAUAACAACAGGGAUGUUAUUGUUGAUGACUCGUUCAUGAUUCAAUCUGGGUCUGGGUUUGAGCCUUCUGUUUCUGAACAAAAAACUGAUAUCUUCUUGGAAGCAGAUAUUGUUGGGGCAGGCCAUUAUGAGGAUCAACAAGAUGAUAUAAGGGCUUCCAAUGCUGAUUAUGAACCAGAUGAUCUCUACAUGGUACUAGGACGGGAAUCAGGUUCUUCUGAGCAGUUUGCUGCCUCUUGGGACCCUGGGAUGGAUUAUGAUUCGGUAACUGAGGCUGUCAACAAGCAGUCUGAGUCCAGCGAUUCAGUUAAUGCUAAGCUCCAAAACGGCAAGUCAGCUAAAACCACUACUGGUAGGUCUCCUAAUGGAAAAGUGCCAAAUAGAUCUGCAAUGUCUAGAAACACAGUUGGAUCACUUGCAAGGAGCAGAUCAGAGAUAACAACAAAAGGGAGGACUACUCCUGCCAGAAGCACAUCAAUGGCUCUAAAGAGUAAAGCUGCCCUGGAAGAAGAGAAAAGAAAGAAAGUGGAAGAAAUACGUCUUGAGCGGCAAAGGAGAAUUGCUGAAAGAAGCGCCAUGAGGAGCUCCACUACACCGAUCCCUUCAAGGAUGAAUUCAAAAGAGAUCAAGAAAUCGCCAGUUUCUGCAUCAGCUUCAUCUGAGGAGACGAAAAAGACACCUAAACCUGUUUUCAGGAAUGCUACCAUAGAUCGUCUUUCAGCUGCGAGGUCAUCAACUGAAUCAAAUCUAGUAAGCCAAAACAAAAAGGCAGCUACCCCUAAGGAAAAUGGAUCUCAGAAUAAGAAGCUAAUUCAAGAGAAGUUGAAGCCUUCUGAUAAGAAAACAGUAGUCCAGAAUUCCAACGCAAAUUCUCCUGGAAGUGAUCAAAAGGAACAAAACAACCUGGAAGCUGUUUCUUCCCGUGGUGGUGUUAAUGAAGAUCCUGAAGUCAUUAAGGAGUUGUACAGUGUUUCUUCCAUUGAAAAAAGAGAAAUUCCAGCUCCAGCUCCAGCUGAAGAUCAUCACCAUCCUCAAUCAGAAUUCCCAGUGCAUAAUGGAGAUGUAAACUCUAAAGAGUCCUUGGUAAAAGAAAUAGCAAAAACUGAUGAUCAUGCAGGAUUCAUGGAUUCUCGAGUUAACAAUGGUAGUGCGGUAAGUGAAAUUUUGCCUAAAGUUUCAGUGCCUGAAUCAACUCCUCCGCAAAACAAUGAGAUGAGCCCUGAAAACCACACCAGAAAGAAGUGGAAUGACAGUGAAAACUCUCCUACAAUCUCCAAGGGAUUCAGAAAGCUUCUGUUGUUUAGCAAGAAAAGCUGA